AUGAUGAGCGGCACCUUCCAGCGCGCCGCAGACUCGGACGAGCGCCUGGCGGGGACACCGCAGCGUGUGGGCGCGGGCUUCGACGACUGGCGAGGCGAGGGCAUCUCUCCACGUUCUCCCAACUUUCCGGUCGACUUGGGUGGAUUGGGACAGUCGGGCAUCGUUGAGGGAGGCCGGGACCAUGAUUUGAGGGCGUCCAUCUCGCAUGCUCAGGGGGUUCACGUCGCGGGAACAGCUGCUUCCCCGCCUGUCCGACGCAGCCUCUUGCCAGGUUCACCGAUGGCAGGCGCUCUGCCAUCAGUACCGACCUCGACAAAGUCGCCGAGACCCUCGACGUUCAGCGCCUCGUCGCCGCAGACGGAGCGCCAUGUUCACGAGGCCUCGGCAGCGUCGCCGCGACGCAGCGAAGGAGGAUUCGUCCUCACGGCAACCCCGCCUCGAACCAGCUCGAUUCGGCAUACCAGUUCAGGACAGGCUUCCUCGCCCCUAAUUGCAGGCAGCGGCGGGACAGGCGCGGUGGAGCGAGGCGCCAAGUCAAGCACCGGAUCGCUCUCGCGACGGAAACCGGCACCGCUCGACUUCUCGCACGACCGCUCGCCGGUUGCGUCAGCUGUUGAAGUCCAACAGGACCGAGGUCCGAGUAGCGCAACGUCUGCUUCGCAGCAGGACAUCUCGCCGCGGUCGACACCUACGCUUCCGCAAAAGCAGGACACGUCCCUCGCCAGUUCCAUCCAGUUCAAUCCCAUGAGCUCGCCCGUCAUCGACAUGUCGAUACCCUCCCCUCGACUGGGACUUGCGGAUGACACGCCGGAGAAGGACGACACCGUCGCCUCGGGCUCGUCUUUUCUCUCCUCCUCGACAGCGAGUUCGACGGGUCGCAGGGCGUAUGUGCCGUCACGCCCAGCGGAUCUGUCGUCUUCGACGUUCUCUCGCUCGCGCGACGGUCUCGCUCUUGGCCUGCCCUGCUCCGUGUCCGCCUCAGCCAACCUCUCUUCCCUUGCGGCCGCGCCGCUUUCGUCCUCCGUCACGUCCACCUCCUCUUCGCGACAAGCGCCCUCCAUCACAACGUCCAACCCGUCCUCCCCUCUUACUUCUUCCGGUCUCACCGCCUACCGCAGUCCGUCAAUCGCCGAACGAAGCGAAUUCAGUCCGGUCGUCGACCGAGGACAGCUUGUCGGGCUUGGAGAGCUCGCGACUCCGAGGUGGACGAGCGAAGCGCUGGAGAGGCGGUGGGGCGCGGCGGUGUCUCCAGCUGAGGAGAAAAGCGCCAACUUUGCCUUUGCGGAACAGCUGCCGAUGCCGACCAUCCAUCAAGGCGGCGUCCUUGUCGACUCGCCGACCGUUGUUCGACCCGUGCCUCGUCAACCGCUUUCCCGCUCACUUGGCUCUUUCGACUCGCCGCAUCGACCAUUCCCAACUGCGCAGUCGCAUGCUCUCGAUCCUCCGCGUCCUUUUCCUACAUCGGCUUCGUCAGCCAGCAUCGCUCUUGACGCCUCCCCAGCCGGCUUGCUCGACUUCACCCCAGAUCCGGCCGGUCAUCGGUUCGGACCGCUUGACAUCUCGUCAGCCGAGAGCAGCUCGGGCGUCCAUGUCGCGUCACCGGUUGAGGCGGCAAAGGAAAUGCCGAGGCGAAGAACGAGUUCGAGGCGGAAGAGUGCGGCGCCGACUGCAUCGACGACGCUCGAGUCUAGCCAACCGUGGGCUUCGAGUGCCUCUGGCUUGGCGGAUGGCGUUGUUGGACUCGGCUUCGACCACGAGAUCGAAGCUGGGGCGUCGGGAGUCGAGGAAGAUCUGGCGGCGAAGGCGCGACGGCGACAGUUGGCCGGGAGUAUGGCCUCGACAUCGAGCGCGAAGCGGACGACUCGCACGCUCUCAUUCGACGGGAAGGCAAGCGCGAAGCACAGCCGCCGCCAAUCAACGGGGCGAGGGUCCUUCGCGCACCUACCUCCGUCCCCAGCCGCAUCCUCCGCCUCUCACGUCUUCACAGCGACGCCGUCUUCCGAUCCCUCCAUUCCCGCCCUCCCGCCAAUCACGACUUUCCCGGCUUCCCCUCUCAUCCUCGAAGGCCCCGCUUCUGCAGGCGGCGCUUCUUCCGUCUCAACGCCCUCAGGCCGGACACCCGACCAUGCGCGCGUGUCCCGACACUCCUCUCACUCGCACCACUCGUCGCCGUCCAUCAUCGCCGCCUCCAUCCUUCGGCAGACUCGCGAGCUGGAGGGCGUCGACGUCGACAUCGAGCACGCCGCCGCGAUUGACGAAGGCACCGCCGCCGCUCUCGCCAAACUCGACGGCAUCAGCUCGCCCCGAAUCGCGCGCACUUCCGGACCGUCAGCCGUGAGCGACACCCGCAGCAGGAAGUCCAGCCGGAACACCAUUGAAGGCGUGGCCUCGUCGUCGAAACGGGACUCGAGCCAGAGCGCGAAGAGACGGACAAGGACGAGUACGAACGAUUCGACGGGUGUUGCUUCACACGACGGCGCUCGCGGCGAUGGCUCCGGUUCGAACUCGCGAGGUGCGAGUCGGAGCAGCAGUCCGGCCGGUCAGCCUAUCGGUCAGGAUAUGAGUAACUCGGCAAGCUCGGCCUCGCCUGGUCGCUCGCCGCUCUCGGCAUCUACGUCGCAGUUCCCCUCGUCGACAAGGUCAGGUCCAGCGGCGAGCCGCCUUUCCGCCUCGACGACGGCGGCCGACAUCCCUUUCCUCGGCGCCGACCCGUUUAAGCGGACCUUGUCGUCAUCGUCUGCGAGCGCAACGGGAACCGGUGGGACAUCGUUCUCGGCGAGUGGAUCCCUCGACUCGACGUCCGCCACCUCCUUCGCGACCAGGUCGCCAGCCUCGAAGUACCAGCGCAGCAGUAUCGGAAGCGAUGUCUCGUCUAUCAACAGUGUCCUCGAGAACCGCCCUGGCUACGAACGUCGGCAGAGCAACGACGAAACCGCCCGCUCCGACAACAUCCCGCCUGUUCCGCCGCUUCCGAAGGACUGGGACAGCUAUCGACCGGCCGUCGCGGACAUCUCGUCACCCUCAUCGCAGACCCCUCAUGCCAUUAAUUCGCGUACAGCGGCACCUGCCGCUGCCUCCCAGGGUUUGCACGCACCGCCCAUGUCGGCGACGAGGACGACGUCGAGCAGUGGGGGCAGCGCUCUCGACGACUUCGCCACCCCUGCAUCGCCGCCAGCAACGAGCGGAAGGCGGAAGUGGAGCAUCUCGAGCGCCUUUCACAAGGCCACGAGAAGCCCGAAGAUGAACGGCGUCAAGGAGUCGACUUCGUUCAGCGACCUGCAGUCGAUUGCUGGCAAGCGCAUCCGUAAGGCUUCGCUCGGUCAGGGCGGAGGUAGUGCUCUCCCGCGACGUCUCGCCGCAUCGACAAGCAACCUCUCGACACUCGCGGAUGAGCCAGCUCAGCAAGACUUCCCCUCUGCCGGUACGACUGGCUCCCUCGGUCGCGCCAGCAUGCGCGGCAGCCAGAUCCCGCCGUUCCUUCGAACUCGAACUUCCAGCCAGAGCAGCAGCAGCACGAGCCGCACGGCCCAAUGGGCGGCCACCGGCGUUCCGCCGUCCGUCGUCGCCACGAGCCCAGGCAAGUCGCGCUCGAGCAUUGUCAAUCCGCGCCGUACUCCGUCCGGCAUCCCCUUCUUCUCCCGCAAAGCGUCGAGCGGGAGCGGCGGGGAAGUCUCGACCACAACCCCGUCGCCCAACCUCGAGCAAAGCGGUUUUUCGACACCUGCUACAGACGAAAAGAGCGGUCGCAAGUCGAUCCUCGGCCUCAAUUUCCUUCGCUCAGGCGGUUCGAAGCGCGACAAGGAAAAGGGACUGCUCUCGCCGCCGUCUGCCAACCGUUCGACCUUCAGCGCGUCGACGUCCGUAGCGAAUUCGGCAGCGCACCAGCAAGAGAUCUUCCCGACCGUCACGGACGACUUUGGCCGGCGCGCGAGCCUGGCGGCGCCGAAGUCGACGACUUCGCUUCUUCGCAAGCGUGGCAAGACCAUCAGCUCUGUCGACCAAGGCGACGUUUUCCGGGUGCCGGAUUCGGCCCAGCUGCCGCCGCUGCACAUCAGCGCACUACCCGCUUCGACUGCGCGGCGUGUCGACUCGAUGAGCCGAUCGUCUGUCGCAGCGGCGCCAGUGCAGCAAACGCCUCGGACACGGACGAGCAGGCUUCAGGAGUCUGCCAAGAUGAACUUGCCCACCAUUGCAGGCUCGCCAUCGACCCAUGUUCUCCUCGGCACGGCUGCCAGGUCCAGCUCGUCCAGCGUCUCGCCGUCCACAACACCGCCGCCCAAGUCUCACACGCCGACCCGCAUCCCACGCCUGAAUCGUACGUCGGCGGCGGCGGCGACAAGCCCUCGCACAUCUCCAGUCGGCCGCUCGCUUUCGAGCAAGCCGCCUACACGCCGGCUCAGCUCCUACGGGAAUGGUCCGGCGGAGUCUGCGCAACAAUCUUCACAGAGGGAUCGUGACGGUCUCGGCGGUGCUCCACGGGCAGCCGCACCCACGUCAACUCUUGCCGAAAAGACGCAGUCAGCACGACGACGUGUCGAGUCCGACGCUACGCAGAUCCCGCGCAGUCGCAGCACGAACUCGCGCUCGUCCUCCCUCAAGAGCGGUACCCUCGAUGCUGUCGAGCUGUCGAUUGCGUCGGAAGCCGCCUUCAAUGCCUCUCGACACGCUCGAAAGGCGCCGGCAGUUACCGACGAGAAGCACAUGCCGAUCGAAACGCCGCGCCAUCAGCCGCGCGUCACCUCGUUGUCCAGCUCGCUCUCGCGGCUUCCCUCGCAGGCCGUCACCUCCGAGUCUUCAAGCGCGAGCUCGACCCCGGCGAUUGGGACUGCGACUCGUCGCAGCCUGCCGAAACCUGGCGAGUCUUCGGCAUCGAGGCGGACGUCGGUACCUGCGUCGACGGAUGCGCUCUCGUCCUCGCGCUCCGCCCGAACGCUCGGUAGCAAGAUGGCUGUGCCUAGUCGCGUCAGCAAGUCCGCCUCGACAAGUACUCGACUCAGCCCAAGCACGACUUCUUCAGGCCGGUCGUCGGCUGCGAGUGGGACCUACGGCGAGGAAGACACGGUCCGCGGAGACGAGGAGAUGGCAGCCUACGUUCGCCGGCAGAUGUCGAAGAAGCUCGCAUCCGGCAUGUCGGAGGACGCCAUUCGCAAGUUGUUCGAAUUCCCCGACCCAACCGAGCCGCUCCCGCCUCUCAGUCCCGACGACGCCGUCUCGCUCUACUCGCGGUACCUCUCGCCGUACGAGAAGGACGAAAUUCGGGAGUAUCCGCGAAUCUACUUUGUCGGCCCGAACUGCGAGAAGAAGCAGGCGACAAAGGAGGCCACCGCCAACAACUACGGCUUCGAUGACGAUCGCGGUGACUACCUGCUCGUCCCGCACGACCACAUCCGGUACCGCUACGAGGUCAUCGAUGUGCUCGGGAAGGGCUCCUUCGGCCAAGUCCUGCAAUGCAGGGAUCACAAGACGGGCGACAUGGUGGCCGUCAAGAUCAUCCGGAACAAGAAGCGGUUCCACCACCAAGCGCUCGUCGAGAUCAAGGUUCUCGAGAACCUCGUGAAAUGGGACCCCGACGAGAAGCACUAUGUGAUCCGCAUGGUCGACUCGUUCACGUUCCGCGGGCACCUUUGCAUCGUCACCGAGCUACUCAGCAUCAACCUAUACGAGCUCGUCAAGGCCAACAGCUUCGCCGGCUUCUCGACGACCCUCAUCCGCCGCUUUACAGUGCAGAUCUUGCACUCGCUCAUCCUCCUGCGUCACCACCGUGUCGUGCAUUGCGACCUCAAGCCGGAGAAUAUCCUGCUCCGUCACCCCGCCAAGAGCGGCAUCAAGGUCAUUGACUUCGGCAGCAGUUGCUUCGAGAACGAGAAAGUCUACACGUAUAUCCAGUCGCGCUUCUACCGCUCGCCCGAAGUCAUCCUCGGCCAGAACUACCACAUGGCCAUCGACAUGUGGUCGCUUGGCUGCAUCAUCGCCGAGAUGUACACGGGGUACCCGAUCUUUCCCGGCGAGAACGAGCAAGAGCAGCUGGCGUGCAUCAUGGAGGUGCUCGGCGUUCCCGACAAGUACCUCGUCGACCGCAGCUCGCGCAAGCGGCUCUUCUUCGACUCGACGGGUGCCCCUCGCCCAGUCGUCAAUUCGAAAGGUCGCCGCAGACGCCCAGGCUCGAAGACGCUGGCCCACGUACUCAAGACGGACGACGAGCUGUUCGUCGACUUCAUCGCCAAGUGCCUCGCAUGGGAUCCGGAUCGCCGGCUCAAGCCUGAUCAAGCGAUGCGCCACCCUUGGAUCGCCCAGUCGCGCUCAGGCGGGCAGUCGAGCAUACCCGCACGGUCAAGUCGCACUUCGUCGACCCUCUCGGCCUCGACAAACAGUCGACACGCCUCGCAGGCUGGCCCGCCAACGAUCGGCACGCCUCAGCGCCUCAAAGCGACGCAGCCGAGUUCGACUGCAACGGCUCCUGUGCCGCGCACGCGCACCAUGUCUUCGGCGACCGCGACCGGCUCCGUCGCCCGCCUCGGCGUCAAGUCGUCACUUCCCGCCCCGACGCACCGCCACAGCGUCAAGUCGUGA